AUGAGCAGACAAGAAUUAAAGAAAGUACAAAUUGCGAUAAGACUAGAAAAUGAAGAAGAUAAAGCAAAUUAUUGUGAAAAAUGUGAUAAGUAUAUUGAGAACCCUGAAAAACACCUUAUACGAUUUCACUACAUAGAUAAAGAAAUUGAAGAAGCAAGCUUGGAACAA